UGCGCCGGGUGGUGCCGCAGGGCCGGCCCGGGGGGGCUGCGGGCAGGAUUAGGUUUCAGGCCGGCGGGGCGUGCCUGAGCGCGCUUCCCCGCAGCGCGGCGCCGUUACUCGGGGGCGGGAAGGGCGAAGGCGGAGAGCGGGGUUCGCGGAGCAGCCGGGAAAAGCAAGGACAGUACUUGUAUGUGCUGCCUGUUUCUAUAUUGGAAUAGGAGCUGAGAAGCAGAGGACAUGUUGGAAACAAUUGAUACACAUCGGGCCCUCCAGGCUGUGGAGCGCUUACAGGCAAAGCUUCGGGAUCGAGGUGACAUCGCAAAUGAGGAAAAACUGAACUUAUUAAAAUCAGUGCUGCAGAGUCCUCUGUUUAAUCAAAUUCUCAACCUUCAAACUUCCGUUCAACAGCUGAGAGAUCAGGUAAAUAUUACUCCUUCUGUGCAUUCCACUGCUGAAUUCCCCCAUCUUCUCCACCAUGGUGCGAAUGUAGGGUCCUUACCACAUAAUGAGUCAUAUUUGUUGGCUCAGCAGAAUGGCAACCCAGCAAAUGUACUGGAAGCAUCAAUGAGAUCCAUUACUCCACAGAUUAAUGGGAAAUCUUCUAGUGAUGACUUUGAGCAACUGAUCAGAAGUAUGUCCCAGGGUCGUCCUGUUGAGACAAUUGAGCUUAUUAAGCCUCUGAGUGGUGGCCUGGGCUUCAGUGUUGUGGGACUCAAGAGUGAAAACAGAGGAGAGCUAGGAAUAUUUGUGCAAGAAAUCCAGGAGGGAAGUGUGGCACAUAGAGAUGGAAAGCUGAAGGAAGCAGAUCAAAUCCUUGCUAUUAAUGGACAAGCCCUUGAUCAGACAAUUACACAUCAACAGGCUAUCAGCAUCCUACAGAAAGCAAAAGAUAAUGUCCAGCUAGUCGUGGCCAGAGGCAGUUUUCCUCAGCUCAUCAGUCCUGUAGUUUCCCGGUCUCCAUCUGCUGCUAGCACAGUUUCAGCCCAUUCCAACCCGGUUCACUGGCAGCAUGUGGAGACCAUAGAGUUGGUGAAUGAUGGCUCAGGUUUAGGAUUCGGGAUAGUUGGUGGAAAGUCAACAGGAGUGAUUGUUAAAACCAUCCUCCCAGGAGGGGUAGCUGAUCAGCAUGGGAGAUUGUGUAGUGGAGACCACAUCUUGAAAAUUGGUGAUACUGACUUGACUGGAAUGAGCAGUGAACAGGUGGCACAAGUUCUGAGGCAAUGCGGAAAUCGAGUGAAACUGGUAAUUGCAAGAAGUCCUGUUGAGGAACCACCUCCACCAGCAGUCCCACCAGGUACUCCAGUACCCAUCACGACACCAGAGAAACAAAAAGAUGCUUCUGUUGAUAGUUGUGAAGAAGGAGAGAAAUUUAACGUGGAACUCACUAAAAACAUCCAGGGAUUAGGAAUAACUAUUGCUGGUUACAUUGGAGACAAAACAUCAGAACCUUCUGGAAUCUUUGUGAAAAGCAUUACAAAAGGCAGCGCUGUUGAACAGGAUGGCCGAAUCCAUGUGGGAGAUCAAAUUAUAGUUGUGGAUGGAACAAAUCUUCAGGGUUUUACUAACCAACAAGCAGUUGACGUUUUGCGACACACCGGACAAACAGUUCGGCUCACUUUGAUCAGAAGAGGGCGUAAGCAGGAAAAUUAUAUUCAGCCCCAGGAGGACUUCAGUGCUGCUGUUGAAAGGGACUUAACGUUACAAACAAUGGACAGUACCACAACCAAAGAUAACAGUGAAACAGAACAGGGAUCUCCAUCACAGACGUGCACUGCAGUAAACAUCAGAGAGGAUGUAAAACAGCAGGAAACAGAUUUCCAGCUGAGUGCUACAGAAGAAGCAGUUAUGAAGGCAAAAUGGCAGAGGAUAAUGGGGUCAAAUUAUGAAAUAGUGGUUGCUGUGGUUAGCAAAUUCAGUGAAAGCAGUGGGCUAGGAAUAAGCCUUGAAGCUACAGUGGGACAUCAUUUCAUCAGAUCAAUCUUACCAGAGGGGCCAGUUGGACGGAGUGGCAAGCUGUUCAGUGGUGAUGAGCUUCUGGAAGUAAAUGAGAUCUCUUUGCUUGGAGAAAAUCACAAGGAUGUGGUCAAUAUCUUGAAAGAACUGCCAAUUAAAGUGACAAUGGUGUGCUGCCGUCCAGUGGCUCCCUCUGUCAGUCACACUGAAGUACUGGAGAGUUUAAGUCUAUCUGAGGUCCAGCUCACAGAAAAGGAGCAUAUAAAUCUUGGAUUCCUUGGCUCUUCGAACACAGAAGCUUUGGAAAUUUCUACAGCUCAGAGUAUGGAUGAGGUGCAGAGCUCUUCUUUCACAAUGUGGGAAGCAGAAGUACAACAUGUUGAACUGGAGAAAGGAAGUACGGGACUUGGAUUUAGCAUACUGGACUACCAGGAUCCUGCCGACCCUUCAAAAACUAUAAUUCUAAUUCGCUCGUUAGUUCCUGGUGGUGUGGCUGAGCAAGAUGGCAGACUUUCUCCUGGAGAUCGGCUUAUGUUUGUCAAUGAUACCUGCUUGGAAAAUGGCAGCCUGGAAGAAGCAGUACAAGCACUGAAAGGAGCCCCAGCAGGAACAGUUAAAAUAGGGGUUGCCAAACCUCUGCCUCUUUCACCAGAAGAAGGCUGUGUCUCUGCUAAGGAAGACUGCUUUUUCUACUCUACCCAGUCACUUGAGGAGGAGGGGCCAGCUGAUGCAGCCCUCUUCCAUGCUGAGCUGGCUUUGGUGAACUCCAGUGGAGCUGGUCUAGCUGUUGAGCCCAUCUUUGAAUCUCAGUUUGCUACAGAGAAUUUGAGAUUCCCGACUUCGACUUCACUUUCACCUGCAACCUUCUGUAGUGAGGAUUUCAACAUCAGCUUCCCUUUUUUAUCAUCAACUCCCAAGGUUGCUGGAAACGAAUCUUCAGAUUAUGCAGAUGAUAAUUGUAUAUCUACCGAGGGGUCGUACACUAUGGAUCUGAGUGAGAGAGGGGCAGAACCAAGUACAGCAGAGGACAGAAGCCUGGAAACUGCCUCUGUUCUUACUGAUGUGUCAUGUCAGUCUGAGGAUUUUACGAUUCCCACGGCUGAUGCAGGAAUGUUAAUGGAAUCUACCACCUUACCAUCUGUGGAAGAAGCUUCAGCAAGUGCAAAUGGGAUGAAAAAGACAUUUGAGGAAACCAUCACUAUUGCAAAAGGCAAUUCAAGUCUAGGGAUGACAGUAAGUUCUGAUAAAGAUGGCACAGGAAUGAUAGUUCGUAGUGUCAUCCAUGGAGGAUCAAUAAGUCGUGAUGGAAGGAUUAACGUGGGAGACUGCAUCCUGUCCAUUAAUGAAGAAUUGAGUGCUAACUUAACCAAUGCACAAGCCUGAGCUAUGCUAAGGAGACAUUCACUUAUUGGACCAGAAAUAAAAUCUUCUCCAGCACCUUCUGAUGAUCAGGCCCUCUUUUAUGUUAUUACAUAUGUGGUAGCAGAAAAUUUACCGAAGUACAGAGCCAGUUUGGAACAACAGUCAGAGGAAAAUGUGGCAGUAAUUUCUUCCUCACAGUCUGCCUCCACCAGGGAAAUUCCAGAGCUCCCAGAACGUGAAGAGGGGGAAGGAGAAGAAAGUGAACUUCAAAAUGCAGCUUUCAGUAACUGGAACCAACCCAGAAAAGUUGAACUAUGGAGAGAGCCUGGCAAGUCGUUGGGGAUCAGCAUUGUUGGAGGACGAGGGAUGGGCAGCCGCCUGAGUAGUGGGGAAGUGAUGAGAGGGAUCUUUAUCAAACACAUCCUGGAAGACAGCCCAGCUGGCAAAAAUGGAACGCUGAAAACUGGAGAUCGGAUUGUCGAGGUGGAUGGAAUUGACCUCAGAGAUGCCAGCCACGAACAAGCUGUGGAAGCCAUACGGAAGGCAGGCAAUCCUGUAGUCUUUAUGGUACAGAGCAUUAUAAGCAGACCAAGGCCAGAGUCUCUUUAUAGCCCUUCAUCAGCUUCUGCUCUCUGUGAGCAGAAAACUACUAACCCAUUUUAUCGUCAGUCAUCUAAGAACUCUUCCCUGCCUUUCCUGCAGAACUAUCUUUUCUGUAGGCCAGCUAUCUUCAGCAGCACUAACCCAUUUGCUGAUUCUUCUCAGUUCAACGCUAACAAGGAGGUAUCGAAUCCAAUUAGGGUUACCUUCCGUUGUUCCCCAACUAACCCUUUUGCUCCCACACCAUUCAAGGCUUUUGUUCAGUCUGAUUUAGAGCCAGAAAAGACUUCGUUCUGUAACUUGCCUCUGCCUCCUCUGUCUGCAUUUUCAGGAAUAAGCUGUGAUGUUGCACAGUCAUCGUCCAGCCAAAUCACAGAGGAUAUAAAGAAGGAGGAUGAGUUUGGUUACAGCUGGAAAAAGAUCACACAGCGCUAUGGAAGUCUACCAGGAGAACUACACAUGAUUGAGCUAGAAAAAGGAAGGACUGGUCUGGGACUUAGUCUUGCUGGUAACAAAGACCGAUCCAGGAUGAGUGUCUUUAUAGUGGGCAUUGAUCCAAAUGGUGCAGCUGGCAAAGAUGGCAGGUUACAGAUUGCAGAUGAGUUACUAGAGAUAAAUGGGCAAAUACUCUAUGGAAGGACUCACCAGAAUGCUUCAUCCAUAAUCAAAUGUGCUCCAUCUAAAGUGAAAAUAAUCUUUAUUAGAAAUAAAGAUGCAGUAAAUCAGAUGGCUGUUUGCCCUGCAAAGUCAGUAGAGGCUUUACCCUGUUCUUCAGAGACACUUCUGAGCCAAGAGAUUGAUACUUCUACAUGCUCUGGUGUUUCUCCUGACUUCAGUUCAUACAGAAAUAUUCAGCAUGUGGAACUCCCUAAGGAUGAAGGAGGUUUGGGAAUUGCCAUUAGUGAAGAAGACACAGACAGCGGAGUAGUUAUUAAGAGCUUAACAGAUCAUGGUGCAGCAGCAAAGGAUGGAAGAAUCAAAGUUGGGGAUCAGAUCCUGGCAGUGGAUGAUGAAAUUGUUGUGGGCUAUCCAGUAGAAAAGUUCAUCAAUCUCCUGAAGUCAUCCAAAAAUACGGUGAAACUUACAAUCAACGCAGCAGAGGCUGAUAGCCAAACUGUAGCACCAGUCCUCUCCAGCACUGCACCAGCAGAGAGGAGGAAUAUCCAGCCACCAACAGCUGUUUGCUCUUCCAACUCACCAGAACCAGAAGCAAUUAAAAAUACGAGCAGGUCUUCAACUCCAGCCACCCUAGCUUCUGACCCAGCUACUUGUCCCAUUAUUCCUGGAUGUGAAACAACCAUUGAUAUCUCCAAAGGACAAACUGGUCUUGGUCUGAGCAUUGUUGGAGGAACAGACACUUUGUUGGGAGCAAUCAUUAUCCAUGAAGUGUAUGAAGAAGGAGCAGCUUCAAAAGAUGGGAGACUCUGGGCUGGGGAUCAGAUAUUAGAGGUGAAUGGAAUUGACCUCAGGAGUGCCACACAUGAUGAAGCAAUAAAUGUUCUCCGACAGACUCCCCAAAAAGUUCGUCUGACUGUGUACAGAGAUGAGGCUCAGUACAAGGAGGAAGACAUGUAUGAUGUACUCAUGAUAGAGCUCCAGAAGAAGCCUGGCAAAGGCCUUGGGCUGAGUAUAGUUGGGAAAAGAAAUGAUACAGGGGUGUUCGUGUCAGACAUCGUCAAAGGUGGAAUAGCAGAUACAGAUGGGAGACUGAUGCAAGGAGAUCAGAUAUUAACUGUGAAUGGAGAAGAUGUUCGAAACGCUAACCAGGAGGCCGUUGCAGCUUUGCUAAAGUGUUCAUUAGGUACGGUACGACUGGAGGUUGGAAGAAUAAAAGCUGGUCCAUUCCACUCUGAGAGGAGAACAUCCCAGAGCAGCCAGGUCAGUGAAGGAAGUGGCAGUCUCUCAUCCUUCAGCAUUGGAGCUUCAGCUUCCAGCCCACCUGAGGUCUUUGAAAGUAGUCUGAAGAAGAAUACUGCAACUUCUGAAAUACAGGGACUAAGAACAGUUGAAAUAAAAAAGGGCCCAGCAGAUUCACUAGGAGUGAGCAUUGCUGGAGGUGUAGGAAGUCCUCUUGGAGAUAUUCCUAUAUUUAUUGCCAUGAUGCAUCCCAAUGGAGUUGCGGCUCAGACUCAGAAACUCAGGGUUGGGGACAGGAUUGUUAGCAUCUGUGGAACAUCUACUGAAGGCAUGACUCACUCCCAAGCUGUUAGCAUCUUAAAAAAUGCUUCAGGCACUAUUGAGUUACAGGUGGUAGCUGGAGGCGAUGUGAGUGUUAUAACUGGUCAGCAGCAGGAUCCACCUACUUCCAGUCUUUCACUUGCAGGACUCACUCCAACAGGCAUUUUUCAGGAUGAUUUAGGACCUCCUCAGUACAAGACCAUUACUCUGGAGAGAGGACCAGAUGGCCUAGGCUUUAGUAUCGUGGGGGGAUAUGGCAGUCCCCAUGGAGACUUACCCAUUUAUGUGAAGACCGUAUUUGCAAAGGGUGCAGCAGCAGAAGAUGGACGCCUGAAGAGGGGGGAUCAGAUCAUUGCUGUGAAUGGGCAGAGUUUAGAAGGGGUGACCCAUGAGGAAGCAGUCGCUAUUCUGAAAAGAACAAAAGGAACAGUCACUUUGACUGUUCUGUCAUGAUCUGGCUCCCCAGAGGUGUAGUGUCAACAAGAUUAUAUUAUGGCUAUCUUAUUUACAUUCCACAUAGCUAAGAAAAUGGAAAAUUUUAUAUAACCUUACUGCUCUUCCAGCUUGUCAGAACUGUGUUACAUCACUGAAGAAAAAUAACAUUUAAUGGUAUUUUUGUAUGCAGUAGAAGUGUUACUCAUGCUGUCAAACCACUGGGGUGGAGUUAAGUCAACUGUGGCGAAGACAUGGAUAUUUUGCCUAGUAGCAGUAUAAUGAAAGCUUGUGAGCAAAACUGGAAGGUGCUUUGAACAUUUGAAAUAAUGUAAGAAAAAUUACAAAGUCACUGAGUCAAAAUGGGGAUGAGAUGAGCAGGAGUAAUUAGAAAGCAGUAACGUUGGAGAAAGAAAACAUUAACGAAAUUCAGAAUUUGCAGAAAAGAAUGAGAAGUGAGUAAUGCAGAGGUAGACAGUUAGUGGACUUAGGUGGUUAUUUGUGCUACUAAUACAAAAGGAGUUGACAAUGGGGAUUGUUCUUCUGUUGUUUGUUCUUUCUAUUUCCUAAUUUCCUAUUUCCUAAACUUUGCAGUAUCCAUUACGAAAAAACAGAAACAAAAAUCAUUUUUGUCUGACUUGAUGCUGAGAGUUGAUUGUUCUUCUGUCUUAGUUUCUGUUUGUCUGAUUGAUUGUUUUUGAGGAGGGGGAAGAGUUUAAUUUGAAUAGAGGGCACUUCUGUGCACGUCUGGAAAAUCCACUGGCUAAGUCAAAACUUACCCUCUUCAAGCAGAGUGCCCAGAAACUGUAGUAUUAGAAGGAUUAUACUUCUCUUUUCUAGCAAUAGUUUUUCAAGCCUGUGUGAGUAUGAAAUAAAUUUUCGCAAUAUAAAA